AUGCAGAUCGACCCGCCGGGCUCCGGACGCAACCUCGCCGUCGCCCCCUGCUCCCCCGCCGCUCCCGUCCACCACGCCGCCGUUGCAUUCGAUCAGCCGGUGCAGCAACAACCGGCUCGGGGGUCUAUUGCAACACAUAUGGAGAGCUUCCUGCGUGACCUCGGGGAGGCGCGCGACGCCUGCAACAAGCUGCCUUUUGACGAUGCGCUGCGCUACAAGAUAGCUACCGAACUGGAUCGCAUCGAGGCUGCUCCGCCUCUCGAGCGCAUGUUGGGCCAGUGCUUCGUCAGCGACCUCCCGGCCGAGCAGGUGGUGACGAACCUCGCCGCCGUGGGCAUUCCGGCCGAGGGCUUUGUCAUGCGCAGGCGAGGCGCGCAGGGUCGUGUGCUGCUGGUGCAGCACAACGAGAGCGGCGAGAAGUACGUGCUCAAGCAGAUCCCGAUCUCGGAGAAGAACGCGGCGGCCGCUGUGGGCGAGGUGAACGUCCUCUCGCGCCUGUCGCACCCAAAUAUCACCACGCUCUACGACGCGUGGCGCGCCGGCUCGCAGCUCAACAUCCUGAUGGAGUUUGCCGACCGCGGCUCGCUCGCAGAGGUGAUCAAAACCAAACAGGCCACGGGCACGCUGUUCGACGAGGACGUGGUGCUUGACUGGCUCGUGCAGAUCACUGCGGCGCUGCGUGCGAUGCACGCCCUGUCGAUCCUCCACCGCGACCUCAAGGCAGCGAACGUGUUUCUCACGUCUCGCAACCUGAUCAAGGUCGGAGACUUUGGCAUCUCAAAGAUUCUCGAGCGCAACGACGGACUCGCCUCGACGACGAUCGGCACGCCGUACUACCUCGCGCCCGAGGUGAUCAACGGCGAGCCCUACGGCCUCAAGGCGGACGUGUGGUCGCUCGGAGCCACCUCCCUCCCCUCGCUUGCGCUCAAGAUUGUGGCCACCACCUACCCGCCGCCGCCGGAGCAGUUCUCACCUGAGCUCCGCGCGGUGCUUGCUUCGAUGCUGCAGCGCGAGCCCUCGGCGAGGCCGUCUCUGGACCAGCUCAGCCGGCUGCCUCUGGAGAAGAAGCUGCAGGCGGAGCUGCGGCGGAUCGCGGACACUUGCACGGCGAGUGCUCUGCCACCGGCGGCCCGCGCCGAGGCGGCAAGCAGCGGCGCCGUGAGCGGGCGCGUGUCUGAGAGGGGGACGCCCCCGGCGGCCUUGAGCCCGGCCGAUGACCUUGCCUCGAGCCGACAGUCGCGUCGCGUGAGCGGCUCCAAGGAGGCGCGGCAGCACGCGAUGAGGAUGCACGCGGAGGAGGCGCCGCCUCUCGCCGAGCCGCGAGCUGGCGGGGCGGCGGCGCUCGAGUCGACGCAGCAGUUAGGGCACAUCAACGAGGAGGAGAAUCUUCGCUUCCGGCUCAACUUGGAGGCCAUAGAGAUCAACUUGGCCACGCAGGAGGCCAGAGACCCCGAGAGCACCAAGCAACACACGAGAGGCGCCAUGAUGCCGCUGCUGGACCGGAAAAACGCUCUCGGGGAGAACCACUCCAUGUGAGCAUGAUGAGCCGCUGCCACGCGUCGCCCCUCACGCGCAGCGCCACUUCGGUGUGCGCGUCCCGGCGCAGUGGAGUGGCGGCGGGGAGUGUGGUGACUGGUGUAGUGGCGCCAGCCCAGUGGCGAGACGAUGACAUGUGAUGAGACUGUGAAGGCCUGGGAGCGUGCGCGCCGAAGCGCUCACACGGCUCAGUGCAGCGCGCGGCUCGGGCUAGGAGUGUCGAGCUGUCGAGGGGUUUGAGCCGCGGACUUCACACACGCACCACACUCUCUAAAACUAUGAGAAUUUUCAGAUA